UCGUAUGCAACACCAUCGCGGGUGAUGAUGCUGCCCUCACCAACCUCAGAGUCCGAGGCAUGGGGAUCUCUCGUCGGGCUUCUCAAGGCCUUCUUCUUGCUCUACCAUGCGGCACAAACCCGAUUCGACUAGGCAUGACGUUCCACUCACGACUUCAGUCCACAUUGAAUCCGUGGUCAGAAGAAACACCUUUCGUACUCUCCAACAUUCACAUCAUUUCCAAAGAGCUACACUUCGAGUAUGGUACCAACUCGACCUUCAAGAAGGCUUCCACCUCUAGACAGAGCGAAACAGGGGAUCACUUGAGUCUGGGUUCCGGCGUGGAUGUUAGACUUCCGUUCGUUGCGAACGUGAGUGUGAAGGGGAUGUUUGGCCAGCAUAUACCGGAGGACAAAGAUUCUUACAACAUCUCAAUCAACUCCUCCUGCCGAGCUGGCACAAUCGAGUAUGGAGACCACUAUCUCGCAGGUUAUCGGCUCAGCGGUGAGACAGGCAUCUUGUUGAGUGCAUCUAGGCACACGAAAGAGGUGAGAGAAGAGUACAAAGUCAAGGCGACGGUCACGGACUUCAAGACGCGCACUCUAGGACGGCAGGUGAAGUUGCUGGGCUAUGAUACGGUUGAUAGUAUGACAUGGGAGACGGCUCGUGCUACUGGCGACGAUCUCAAAGCACUCAAGCAAAAGUACCAGGAAGCAGUGGCCUGGGAGGCCUUUGACCUUGCUACAGAUGCUCAAACGCUGCGAGCGGAUGCUGAUGCUAUCAUGGCACGAUCUGAGAGUCUGCUGGAACGCGUUGGUGUGGUCUUGGAGAGGCAUGGGUAUAGAAACGGUGAGAACUUGACCUUCCUCCAGUGCGAGGAGCUCGUGAAAGAAGGCAUCAUGGUUGAGCUGCUCCUAGAACCUAUGUCAAGAUUGAAAGAUGUCGGCGAUUGGAGACGAACAUCAUCUGAAUGUGGUCGUUGAUUCUUUGCCAUUUGGAAGUGUUCAAGCGAUGUCUCCUGUCUCCCAUUGAAUGUGUCUCGUGGUCGACGUGCCGACCGAGCAUUUUGGAUAUUCGUGUGGUGCAGACAAUGACUCGAGUGCCAUAGACCCGAUGAGUGUGGCUCGGUGCUCUCGAACGGUUUACAUGAACGGGUGUGCUUGCCGCCCAGGGUGAGGACAAGGUGUAGCGACGUUGACAGUUCUGUCACGUGGGUCAUCGAUGAGUAGGAAGUGCGUUCGAAGGGACGCUCAUAUGAAAGCUGCUUAGCGGUUACAAUGACAGAAAUUGUCGUAGCUGGAUCUUGUGAAAGAACCGUUAAAUCCUGAAAUGGCUUUCUUGCUUUCCUUCCCAUGAUUAAGGCUAAUCUUUUGUGUCGCGGCCCCACAGCGAUACAAAAAGGUCGACCUUUCUGACCCUCG